ACGGCGGAAUGGAGCAGCUGGGGGUGGAGCCCGCGGAGGAAGCUGGCCGCGACGAGGAAGAGGACGCAGCUCAGGCCAUGGAGCGGGUGGAGGCGGGGGAGGCAGGCUGCUCGCCUGAUGCGCCCGGGCCUGAGGAGCCCGGCGGCCUCACUUGGUGUAAAUGAGAAGGGCGGGGCGGACGGAGGCCAGGGGCGGACGGAGGCCAGGGGCGGCGGCGGCCUUCGGGUGGUUCCAGAAGGAAGUUCUUCAUCCAGAGUCAUAGUACACGUGGAUCUGGAUUGCUUUUAUGCACAGGUAGAAAUGAUUUCAAAUCCGGAACUGAAGGGCAAACCUUUAGGAGUUCAGCAGAAAUAUUUGGUGGUUACCUGUAACUAUGAAGCUAGGAAACUUGGAGUUAAGAAACUUAUGAAUGUCAGAGAUGCAAAAGAAAAAUGUCCACAGCUGGUAUUAGUUAAUGGAGAAGAUUUGACUCGUUACAGAGAGAUGUCAUAUAAGGUUACAGAGUUGCUGGAAGAAUUUAGUCCAGUUGUUGAGAGACUUGGAUUUGAUGAAAAUUUUGUGGAUCUAACAGAAAUGGUUGAGAAGAGACUACAGCAGCUUCAAAGUGAUGAACUUUCAGCACUGACUGGGUCGGGUCAUGUAUAUAAUAAUCAGUAUAUAAACCUGCAUGACAUCGUGCACAUCAGACUACUUGUUGGAUCUCAGAUUGCAGCAGAGAUGCGGGAAGCCAUGUAUAAUCAACUGGGUCUCACUGGCUGUGCUGGAGUGGCUUCUAAUAAAUUACUGGCAAAAUUAGUUUCUGGUAUUUUUAAACCAAAUCAGCAAACAGUGUUAUUACCCGAAAGUUCUCAAGUUCUCAUUCAGAGCUUGAGCCAUGUAAAGGAAAUGCCUGGUAUUGGCUAUAAAACUGCCAAACGUCUUGAAGCGCUGGGUAUCAGUAGUGUGCUUGAUCUUCAAACCUUUUCACCCAAAAUAUUAGAAAAGGAGUUAGGAAUUUCAGUUGCUCAGCGUAUCCAGAAGCUCAGUUUUGGAGAAGAUAACUCACCUGUGACGCCCUCAGGACCACCUCAGUCCUUUAGUGAGGAAGAUUCAUUUAAGAAAUGUUCAUCAGAAGUUGAAGCUAAAAAUAAGAUUGAAGAACUACUUGCCAGUCUUUUGAACAGAGUAUGCCAAGAUGGAAGGAAGCCACAUACAAUCAGAUUAAUAAUCCGUCGGUAUUCAUCUGAGAAUCACUGUAGCCGUGAGAGUCGUCAGUGCCCUAUUCCAUCUCAUGUGAUUCAGAAGUUAGGGACAGGAAAUUGCGAUGUGAUGACCCCAAUGGUUGAUAUACUUAUGAAACUUUUUCGAAAUAUGGUGAAUGUGAAGAUGCCGUUUCAUCUUACCCUUUUAAGUGUGUGCCUCUGCAACCUUAAAGCAUUAAAUACUGCUAAGAAAGGAACUAUUGAUUAUUAUUUAACACCAUCAUUAUCAACAACUUCACGGUCUGGCAAGCGCAGUUUUAAAAUGAAAGACAGUCAUAUGGAGGAUUUUUCCAAAGACAAAGAAACAAAUUGGGAUUUUCUACCAUCUGGAAGAAUUGAAAGUACAAGAACUGGGGAGGCUCCACUAGAUACUCAUUUUUCUAAAGACAAAGACAGUGAUGAAUUCCCACUCUGCUCACUUCCUGAAGGUAUUGACCAAGAAGUCUUUAAGCAGCUUCCAGUAGAUAUUCAAGAAGAAAUCCUUUCUGGAAAAUCUGGAGAAAAAGUUCAAGGCAAAGGAAGUUUGAGUUGUCCAUUACAUGCCUCUAGGGGAGUAUUAUCUUUCUUUACUACAAAACAAAUGCAAGAUAGUCCCUUAAAUCCUACAGAUCAUUUAUCCAAUAGUAAACAGAUAUCAUCUGUGUCUCCCUGUGAACCAGGAACAUCAGGUUUAAAUAGCAGUAGUUCCUCUUCUCCGUCUAGCCAAAAGGAUUAUUCACAUUAUGUAGACAGUAGAUUAAAAGAUGAACGAAUGAAUCAAGGACCUAAACAAUCUCAAGGAUUUCAUUUUUCAAAUACAAACCCUGCCGUAUCUAUUUUCCAUUCAUUUCCAAAUUUGCAGAGUGAGCGACUGUUCUCCAAAAACCGCACUACAGAUAGCCAUAAGGAAUCAACAGUGACAGUCUCUCAUCAUGAAAGACUUACAGAAAAUAAAGAGCAAGAUUCUAGUGAUGAGAAAAUUACUUUUCCUUCUGACAUUGAUCCUGAAGUUUUCUAUGAACUACCAGAAGAGGUACAAAAAGAGCUGUUGGCCGACUGGAAGAGAGCAGGGUCAGAUUUGCCCACUGUGCAGAAAUAAGCAUGGUCAGAAAAAAGGUCUAGAAAGCAAAGGAAAAGCCAUUGUUCUCAGAUUUAGCAGUUUAUUAAGCUCCUCUAAAUUAAACACUAAUAGAUAUUCAAUAAUGUAGAAAUCCAAUAUAAAAUGUUCUCGAUAAAAGCAAGUGUAGUUAUGGGAAGUAAAUUCUGGCACAAAGCAUAAAAAUAUUCAUAACAGAAGAAAUAAUGUAAAAUUAUCUUCUUAUUUCUAAAGCUAUUUUGUAUUGCUUUUCAAUAAAAAGAAUAUCAUGGUUAGUAUUAGUACAUUUCCCAUAAAUUGGGGAGGGGGGAAGGGGGAGAGAUAUACACCUAUGUGUAAAAAAUAGACUAGCCAAAUCAUUGCUAUGACAUAGCAAAGAAUUUUUUUUCUGUGAAAUAUGGAAUGGCCCAAGAAAUUCAGCCCAUUAGGAAACUUCCAAAAAAGAAAUUCUACUGCCAACUACAAAAUAUUCAGGUAUCUUUGACUGAUGUACUAUGUACCAUUUAAUAAGAUGAUUUUUAAAUACCGAAGCAAUGUAUAUCCAGUUCAUGCUUCUGAGUACACGAGAAUCUACUACAGUGUCUACAUAGAAGGCACUCAGUAAAUAUUGAAUGAAUGGUGUGGCAGGGGCCAGGUGGGAAGUUGAGCAGGGGAGUGUACAUGUUGUAGAAAACUAGAAGGAGCUCUCCAUCCAGGUAGAUUAAGGGAAGGAUGGACACCAGAAAGGCAAUGUGAUAGGUUUUUAAGAAUGCUAGAUAAUGGAAGAAGUCCAUUUCCUUCUGGCUCAUCUGUGUAGGGUUUUAAACUAAUGAUUAGAUGUUUUUGCAUCUUCUUAUUUUUGGAGAUGAGAUUAAGGAUGUCAUAUCCACAACAAAUAUGCACAAUUACUAAAUCAAUAGGUGUUCUCUUUUUCCCAUUGUUAAUUGCCUUCCCCUUUUGCCUGCAAGGUUAAAAAUUGGGUAUAAGAUUGUGGACAUCUUAUAAUUUGCAAGACAUAAGUUUCUAGAACACAUCAAAGUAUACCUCAGCACUGAUUCGGAAGAGUCCUGUUCUCGAGUUUAUGACCUUUGCAGAUAUAAUCUAAAGAAAAAAUGAUAAAAAUAAAAUAUACAAAUGUGAAUAAAGAGUAACGGAAAGAUGCUUUCUUUUAGGUAAGAAGUUUUAACUUAGUUUUAGAUUUUUUGAAAUUUGAAAAUUUCCUAACCAAGGAUUUUUAACAGGGAGUUUGGGGUUAUCAAAAACAAUAACUUAGAGCAAGAACCUCAAAAGUUAUUCAUAUGCAAAUAUUUAGUAUUCUGGAUCAAGGACUAUGGAAUUUUCUACAUGUAGUAUACUGGUAAGAUUGUUAACCUGAUAAAAAGGAUAUAUUACUUUUUUAGAUAAUACAUUUAAAAAAUUUUUCAAAUAAUCCUUGUAUUAUUUUAGCCAGAAAUUAUUAAGCAACUAGAAAGGUUUUAAAAAAAAAAGUUAAGAGUAAAACAGUUUUUGCCAGUUUAAAAAGAGAAUAAAAUAGUAGUUAAAGUACACUCUCUGAAGUGAGAAUGCUGUGGGGAUUAUCGAAGCAUUGUUACUCAUUCUGUGGCUUUAAGUUAGCCUUUCAAUAUCUUAGUGCCUCUGCAUUCUGACUUUCUAGUUUAUCUUUUAUUUCUGUCUCCUUUUAAUCCUUGUUUUUGUUUUUCCUUUGGUGUUCUACAGAUUUACUAUGAUGUUUGGAGAUGUGAAUUUCCUUUUUAUCCUCAAUAUAUGCUGGCUUCCCAUUUCUUUCAAUUUAUGUUAGUUCUGUAAAACAUUUGGCCACUAGUUCUUCAAAUAUUGCUUUUGUAUUCUUUUAGGACUCUGCACAAAUUAUGGACUUUCCCUUAAUCUCAUGGUUUUUGUCAUCUUGUUUAUCUGCUGCAUUUUGGUUAUUUUCAUCAGCUCUGUCUCUUGUUCAUUAAUUUGUUUUUCAGCAUUGUCUGAUCUACUGUUUAAAACACUAAUGAUGGUUUUAAUUUUAAUAAUUAUAUUUUUCAUUUGAUUCUUUUUCUAAUCUUCCCAUUUAUUCAUUAUAGCCUUUUAUAAGUCCGUUUCUAAUUUUUAAAAACUCAUGUUAUAUUCUAUUUUUGAUCAUUUCAAUAUUUUAAUUCUUUAUAAGUAAGUUUUUGGAUAUUGUCAUGUACCUGUCGAUUAGCCUGUUUCCUUGAGUGUGUAGCUGAGUUUAGUCUGUGGGAAGACAAAGCACCAAAAUUGUGCAUACUUCCCUUCAGAUAUGAUUUGCAUUUGCUUCCAGUGAGUCAGUAUGAACCCAUUUGGUAUCACUGUAGCCCCCUGAAGGGUCCUUCAUGAAUGCAGUUGUCUUAGUUUGUCUUAUUUUCAGCUCCCUGACCUUGCUACUGUCCCAAGGUUUUGUCUCCAAAAGUGAUUUGCAGGCAUUUGCUGUCAGGGUGAAUCCCACCUUUCAAGAAAGUUUGCUUUUUGCCUGAUGCUUCCUGAUCCUUUCCUGCUUUUGUUUCAGCUCAGUUUUUUCCCCCUGUGAUUGUAGGGGAUUUGGGCCUGGAGAUUUCCCUUAUAUAGUUCAACCGACAAUGAAUUAAAAAAUCUGUUUUCUACGGAAUCUAGUAUUUUGUAUUGAAGGAACUCUUAAGAGUAUUUGUCCCUUCAUAGUGCAGAAGUGCAAAUCUAUUUGGAUUUAUUUUUUCCAUAUUGUUUGUGCUUUCUGUUUUUCUCUUUUUCUAUGCUAUGCUUCUUUCCCAUCUUUUUUCUCAUCUUGUUUUUGUAUUACUUGAAUUUUUAAAAUAUAUUUUCCUUUGAUUUGAAAUGUAAACAUUCUAAGUAUUCUUGAUUACCCUUAGAAAUUAAACAUGCCUAACAUCCAAAAAUGGUAAAUAUAUGUACCUUCUUCCAAACAACAUAAAGAUAUUAAAAUAUGUUAAACUUUUUUAAAAGAUUUUAUUUAUUUGAGAGAGAGAGAGAGAGCACAUGAGAGGGGGGAGGGUCAGAGGGAGAAACAGACUCCCCGCGCAGCAGGGAGCCCGAUGCGGGACUCGAUCUUGGGACUCUAGGAUCAUGACCUGAGCCGAAGGCCGUCACUUAACCAACUGAGCCACCCAGGCGCCCUAAAAUAUGUUAAUUUUAAUUCCUCUAGUUCUUUAUUAACCUCCAAAUUGGAUAUUAUUAGUAUUUUAUAGAGUUAAUGUUUAGAUUUAUGAGCAUGAUUAUCUUUUUUUCCCGCUCACCUUCUUUACUUGCAUCUCAUACAUUCAUUCCUUCAAAGUAGAAUUCACUUUCUGAAAUUAUGUCUUUAAAACUGUGGAUUUUGAGCUGACUUCUUUGGACUGUUUUAAGAUAUUCCCUUUUAUCUUUGGAGAUCUGCAAUUUUUAUUAUAUGUCUAGCUACAGACUUCUUUUUAUCAUGGUUGGGAUUUAGGUGUUUUGUGAAUCUGCAGGUAUAUGCCUUCAUCAAAUCUGGAUUAAUUUCAAUAUUUAAAAAUAUUUUUUUGUGAAAUUUAUAUGCAGAAAAGUGCAUAAGUAAGUUAAUGGAUGAUUAUAAGCAACAACUAUGUAACUCGGUCAAGAAAUAAAACAUAUCAAGUGAUCGGGAAAGUCCAGAGGUUUUUUUGUUUGUUUGUUUUUGGUUAUGUAACAACUCAAGGGGUUCACUGUUGGGGGUUGAACAUCACAUUGAACACAACCCAAGGAAAUGUUGAAAGCAAAGAACUUUUUAUUGCUUGUUACAAGUAAGAAGACAGGAAGGUAGCUCCCCAAGAACUGUCUCACCAUGUGGUUGUGCGGGAAGCUCUUAUUCAGUGUGAAGGUGGGAGCAGGGAGCUUGCACAGGCACUUUGGUUCAAUUGCUCAUGCCUAGCCUGUCGAGGGGCUAGUGCAUACACGGUAUGUUCAAAAAAUGUCAGAAAACUCCACCCAUAGAAGGAGAUCUUGGUAGUAUAAUGAGCUAAAUGUAACAACUCAGGGGGGCUUCUGCCCUGGUCCUCGGCUCUGGUCCAGCUCAAUAGCUCAGAUAUGGGGCUCUCAGGUGAGACACACCUAGCAAGGGGCUAUCAGGUGAAACAGUUGAGCUUCUACUUGGCUGGAACUGUUGGUUCUGCAAAAUGAAAUACAUUCCUUCCCUGCUUUUGUCCCUUCCCCCACCUCCCUUCUGAGAGCUUUCAGCUCUCUUUGAGUAACUUUCUGUUGCAUCCUAGGUAACAGUUGUUUUUAAAUUUAGAUAUAAUUGACAUACUAUCUCAGGGGUACAAUAUAAUCAUUCGAUAUUUGUAUAUAUUGUAAAAUGAUCACCACAGUAAGUCUAGGAUCUGUCACCAUUCUUAGUUACAAAAAUUUUUUUUCCUUGUGAUGAGAACUUUUAAAGAUCUAAGGAAGUCCAGAGUUUUUCUUAGGGUAUCAUCAUGUUGGGAGGGUUUAGUAAAUCAUUGACCUUGUGGUUAAACUCAGUCUCCAAUUCCCCAGGGCUCCUACCCUCCCAGGAUGUCAGGAUGGCUCAAAGUUUCAACAUUCUAAUCAUGUGGUGGUCUUUUUGGUGUGGGCUCUUGCCAUCCUAAGCCUUCCUGUUGGCAUAAACUAGGCCCCCACACCCCCCCCCCCGCCCCAUGAGUCACCUCAUUAGCAUAUACCAUGAUGAAUAAAAAACACACGUUGGGAAAUUCUAAGGGUUUUAGGAGCUCCAUGCCAGGACAAAGACCAGAUAAAUUCUGCAGAAUAUUUUGAAAUAAGUCUUGAGAUAUUUUAUGACCCCAAAAGUGCCCUAUCUUAGUAAAUGUAAUGUGUGCACUUGAAUGUGUGUUUUGCUGUUGGAUAGGAUAUUGUAUAAAUGUCAAUUAGCUUUAUUUAGUUCGUGUUCAAGUCUUCUGUAUCCUUACUGAUAUUUUUGUAUAUUAAUUUUUGAGAGGAGAAUAUUCAAAUCUCCAACUAUGAUUAUAAAGGUAUCUUUUUCUCCUUGCAGUUUUUUAUCAAGUUUUGCUUCAUGUUAUUUGAAGACACAUUCAGGGCUAUUAUGUUUUGUGGAAUUGACCCCUUUUCAUUCUGAAAUGACCUGCUCUGAAAACCAGUUUCUUCAUAAGACCCACUAUAGCUUUUGUAAAAAGUAAUGUUAGACUAGUAUCUUCCCCCAUCCUUUUAACCUAUUUGUAUGUUUAUGUAAAAAAUGAUGUUUUGGGGGGGUUAUACAACAAAUAGUUGGGUCUUGCUUUUUCGCUCAGUCUGAUAUCUUUGCCUUUUAAUUGAGGUUUUUGACCAUUCAUAUUAACAUGGUGACUGAUACAGUUUAUUUAAAUCUACCAGUCUGCUAUUUAUUUUCUAUUUUUCCCCGUGUGUUCUUUGUCCCCCCCCCUUUUUUUCCCCUCUUCAGACUUUUACUGGGAUUGAGUUUUUUUUUUUUAUCGUUCUUUCAUCUCCUUUAUUGGCUUGUUACCUAUAAACUCUUUGCUUUGCUAUCUUAAUGGUUGCUUUAGGGUUGAUAUUAUAUAUCUCUAACUACUACUUUAUGUUUAGGGGCCUUAAACCCCUUAUGUACUUACUUCCAUUUCUCCCCAACUGGCCUUUGUGCUAUCGUUGCUAUACAUUUUACUCCUCCAUACAUUGUAACCUCAUAUAUAUUUUUUAUUAUUUUUAUUUUUGCUUUAUAUAAUCAAAUUUUAAAGAUUUUUUUUCUUUGUCUUAGAGCAUGCAUGUGGGCGGAGAGA